UGUUGGCCGUUACCGGGAGAAGAUGGUGGAAACUGCAGCAGCAACGUGCGCUAAACUCCGUCUAAAACAUUUUGGGAAUUAUUUACCGUCACAGCCUGGUAUAAGAUAUCGGUUACCGGGAGACAAUCACAGAUAAUACACGCUAAAUAGAAGAGAAAAUUCAGCGUGGGAGUGACCGGGAAUGACACACACACACACGUAUGCAGAGAUAUUAGUGGUUCGACAACGUGGGUGAUGAAGUCACGACUAAGUUGUAAAACUAACCUGAACUAGUUAGUGAGUUUAUUUGACGAUUCGCUAGUAUUGGACUACUUUGAGGUGGAAGUCAGGACAAAAGGUUAUAUUUUCUCGGUUUAUAAGCGCGCCGUAACGCUGUACAUGUGAGUGUGUGAGAGAGAAAGAGAGUGUGAGAGAGCAGCUAAAGCAGAAUUAGCUUGUGUUGGAUCAACUGACAACAUGCCGCGGAGCAAGAAAGGGAAACGUGGGGCCACUUCAAGUAAGGGCUCACUUCGACAGGAAGUACUUUUGUUGCAGCUUUCGGCCAAGGCGGCACUGCCACGUCCAGGGAAGAACGGAGGAAAAGGAGGCUCUGGUGCCAGUGAUGAUGAUUUAGCAUCUGAUGUGCUUAGUCACUACAGCAGUGCCAGUGAGAGCGCCUCAGUGCUGGAUGAAGGAACAGGUGAGGUGGUGGAUGAACAAACUGCCCAGGAGGAAACAGAAGACAAACUGAAGCAGUGUAUCGACAACCUGAUGGACAAAAGUGUGAAGACACGGCUAGCUGCACUGGAGAGCUUGCGGUUAGCCUUCUCUUCAAGAGUGCUCGACGACUUCCUGCUGGAGAGACGCCUAACCAUUAGUGACUGCCUGGAACGCAGCCUGAAGAAAGGUGGGGGAGAGGAGCAGGCCGCAGCAGCCACACUGUGUACACUCCUCUGUAUUCAGCUGGGAGGAGGAUUUGAAGGCGAGGAGGGCUUUAAGAUGUUUCGCCCUCUCCUCAGCACAAUCCUGACUGACAACUGUGCCAGCCUACCAGCUCGUCAGAGUUGUGCCCGGGCAUUGGGCAUGUGCUGCUAUGUAUCCGCAUCAGACAACGCCGAAGAUUUGUUGAAGUGUAUGGGGCAUUUGGAGAGUGUGUUUGUGGAAGCAUAUCCUCUGGGUGAUGGUAGUUUACCCUCUAUCAAACCUGGAACUCCAGCUCUCCACAGCGCUGCUUUACAGGCCUGGGCUCUGCUCGGCACUCUGUGUCCUGCUUCCCACAUCAACAACUUGGUCAGCCAUCACUUGCCUCGGCUGCAGGCUUGUUUGGAGAGCAGUGAGGUGAACUUUAGGAUUGCUGUAGGAGAAACCAUCGCUCUGCUGUAUGAACUGGCACGUGAAGUUGACGAGGAGUUUGAGUAUGAGGAUUGUGACAUGCUGUGCGAGAGCCUGAAGCGUUUGGCAACAGACGGAAAUAAACAUCGGGCCAAAAAUGACAGACGCAAGCAGCGCUCCAUCUUCCGUGAAGUUCUGCAUUACAUCGAGAGUGAAGAUUUUUCUGAGGAGAAGGUCCGUUUUGGGGUCGAGGUGCUCUACCUUGACGGUUGGAUGCGUCGCCGGAUUUAUGAUGCCUUUAAAGAGGUUCUGGUGUCUGGAGUGAGCCACCACCUGCAGGUUAACCCACUACUGAGAGAUAUCUUUGGACUUGGAGCUCCACUCAUUCUCGACUCUUCCGUCAAGGCUACCCGAAUCUCCCGCACAGAAAGGCACCUUUUCAAUUCAGCUGCGUUUAAAGCGCGGACAAAACUACGGAACAAAGUGAGGGACAAACGAGCAGACGUGAUGUGAUGGUGCUGAUGAAGAUGACCUGAUCCAGAGAGGGGAACACUACACACCUCUUAGGAGCUCACUUGAAAUAUUAAAACAGCAGCUGCCAAACCAGGGACUUGACAAUGCAAAGUGUGUGCAUGUGUGUGUGUCAGGAAGAGUGAAUGUGUGUGUAAAUGUGGUGCCUCAGUUUUAUUUAACAUUAUUGAAUAUAAAUAAUAGGAAGCCUAAAACUAACGGCGCAACCUUUAGGAGUUUCCCUUAGCGUUUCAAACACUGAGAGUCGUAUUUCUACAUGUUAAGGUGCAGUGAUGGUUAAGGGCAGGUCUUGAUAGAUCCUCUGUGAUAAGCUAAGGGAAAUGUUGCGUAAUGCUCCUGUAAGCAUCUUAAUAAUGUACGUUUAUAAAGACCUGUUACAAGGCUGUAUUGCGCAUUUCUGGUCAAAUGUAUUGCAUCUCCUAAUUUAUUAAGAUAUUUGGGAAAACACAAGACUUUUUAACUUUUGAAACAAAUGAGUUGUGUAUAAAUUGUGGGAAAUGGCCCAAAAAAUUAAAUCCUUUUCAGCUUUUGUAUGUGUAUUUUACAAACUCACUGCACAUCUCUGAUACUGAAAAAAUGUAUGAAAAUUGAAAUGUGCUGUUAAUUGUAUAAAGGUCUUCUCACACUGCCAACAAAUCAUCUUUUUCUCCUGAUUCUGAUUAUUGGUUUAUUGGGAGUUGAAGGCAGCUAGUAAAUUUGUCACAAUCCAUUCUGAACAAUUAAUUUAGUUUAUGUGGAAGAAUGCUGUGUUGAAAGUAUUUAGAGACACUGAGGAAAUUCCUCUUUUAUUAUAGUUAGUACAUGGACAGGAGAGAGCCAUUUUCCUGCUACAGCUGCUAACAUUACCUUGCAUUGUUCACAUUUUUACAGUUGGGAAAUAGGCCAGAAAUGUAUUUUCUUAAUGAUGAAAUUAUGAUUACACAUUUUUGCAAUUAAGUCUUUUAUAAUUGUCAAUACAUUGGACUAAAUUAAAUGCCAGAAUUUUGCAUAAUUCAAUUAAAUUGUUAUAUAUAAAAUGUAAAGGUUCUGCUCCCAAUGGGUGGGCCUACUUUAAUAAAUCAAUAAAAAAAAAAUGACUGAA